AUGGACCUGUCCAUAGAAACGUACGAGGCGCUGUUCAUGUCUUUGCUUGGCCUCUGCCAGUAUAAGGCCUCAGCAGACAGUGUGUGCUCCAGUAUGAGCAACUCCUUCAAUCCUGAGCUGAUCAUUGACCACUGCUUCAAGCAAUUCAAGCAGGAGGACUUCCACUUGCCACAGAGCCGCCGCCGGGUCAUCAUUGCACAGAGCACAGAGGAGCAGCUGCCCACCCACCCCAAGUCCCAGCCCCAGCCUCCCUCACAGCCCAUCCCCAGCUUCAAGGCCCUGGAAGUGGAGGAUAUACAAGAUCAGCCACUGGACACCAAGACCUGGCUGAGUCAGAGACUGAAGCUUCGGGAGGAGCUGGAGUCAUUUGGUAACGUGGAGAAGUGGCUGAAGAACAAGCCCAGCUACACACCUUCGGAGGCCAAGGUCUUACACAGUAUCUGUAAGGAGCACAAGACCCAGGCAGUUGCCCACUUGGCUGCUACAGAGGUCUCCAAGAAGAAAGUGUCUCAGGCUUGGCAAAAAUUGGUACCGCUGCUCCACCUGCCCAAGCCCACCUCCCUGUCAGUCUUGUACUCCUACCUGCGCAACCACAAGAUCAAGAUCCUGGAGAUGUUUAACAAGCCGAGCCAGAGCGAUCCCCUGAGGGUCACCCGGGAGGAGUUCAUUGGAGCUCUGAAGGUGGUGGGAGUGCCUUUGAAUAACCAGGAAGUGGAAGACAUAGUGGUCUACCUCAGCUCUCUGGGGAAGUCCAACAACAUUACAACGGAUAUCCUGGCCAACACCUACAAGCAGUGGUGCACUGCCCAGCAGAGGAAAAGCCUGCCAGUCACAAGGGAUAGUGUCUGCUCAGCCAGAAGCAGCAUCUUUCCAGAGAGUCCACUCAAGAAGCAAAAGAGAAGCUUGACCCUGCAGCCUCACAAGAUGGAUCUGCUGACAGUGCCUGAGGUCAACUUGCAGCAGGAAGCGCGGCCCAUGACGCUGGAGGAGAUGGAGGACGUGGGCAAGCGAUACCGUGAGAGGAGGAGGCUGCACAAGCUCUCCAUCCCCUCCCUCCAAUACGCAGAGCAAUGCCGCCUGGUGCGCAGCGGGAACAAGCACUUUGAUGAGCACUGUCUCCCAUCCACCAUCCAGGGUAACAUGGGGGAGAUGGUCAACAAGUUCCGCAGGGACAACUUUCUGACCUACCUGCAGUGCUGGAAGUUCUGUAAGUCCCAUGGCCUCCCAGUGAUGGAAGACACCCUCAUGAAAGCCUUGCUGUACCCAGGAGAUAAGAUCAUUUUCCUGGAAGACCAGGUGCGCCCGAUCCGUCAGCCAGGAGGCUACUACUCGGACGUCAAGCUCUUCCCUCCGAGCCAGUCUCCGCUCAGGUCCCAGAAGGCUAGCGUGGCUAUGAAGACUGACAAGAAAGUACCAAAGAAAAUCAAGAAAGUUUGCUUCAAGGAGUUUGAGGCGCUCACCAGGAAACUGAAAGCAAAGAGGUCCAGUGGUCAGCAACUAACCCACCCCAACAACUUCUGGCCGGGCCACCUCCUGGACAAGCUCUACCUGCCCACCAUGGUUACAGACCGGAGCCAGGCACUCUUCAGCCAUGUCCAAUGCCAGUCCCCUGCCUACUCAGCCAACUACCACCCCAACUGCUGGUGGCCCAUAAAGAACAUGAACUAUGUUACUUAUGCCUACUAUGAUGCCUCCAAGGUCUACCACAUUAACUAG